CGGUGAUAAGUAUGAGUAUCAUACGCAUGUAUUAAAUAUAAAUAUCUGGAGGAGUUAGAGUUUCGUUAAAUGAACUUGAUCAUCAACAUGUUAUUAAGCCAGAAAUUUCGUUUUUUUAACAAUGAUCAUUGGAUUUGUGAAGGAUAAUAAAACACUUGUAUAUAGUACAGCAUGAUUUACUUAUUUUUGCUCAAUUUUCUUCAGUUCAUUGUAUUUCUACAAAACGUUAGAAAUUUUUUAUUUCUAUGUGAUCAGAUAGAGCGUUGAUUGCUCUAUCCAACAGCAUAGUUUUCAUUUGUUUUAUCUCAUGUCUUAAUAGAAAAAUCUUAAAAACUUUAAAACUAGUUUAAAAACAACUUUUGCACACGUGUGCUUAACUAAGGCCAAACCCGAUUGUCGCGAAAUUAGCUUUAAAUGGAAGAGAUCCGUCAAACUUAAAGUUGCAUCAAGUAUCGGAUGAAACUGUUUUAAAUUCGAGGAGGAAAUAAAAUUUUACCGUUGGAAUUUUCGACACUUUCGCACUAUUUCAUCUCCGGUGCUAUGAAUAUAACCUCAAAUUUAUCUAUAAGACCUUACAACCGAAUCAGAUUAAAAUUACAUAAAGCAAUAGAAGAAUUGUUGCUCUAUUAAACUAUAAUUUACUCAACAAAGACAAAUAAUUGAACUUUUAACGAAGAAAUUUAUUAAAUAUUCAGUAAAUUUUCAGUCAAAAUGGAAAAUAAAUUGGAUAAAAAAUAGAUGGUUCAAUAGAGAAAUGAAUUCUCUAUCUAACUAUAGAAAGACGAAAUAUAUUCAUUUCUCCAAUACAUUAUACUUACUCGAAGAAAACAUCUCGAAAUUCUACAGAAAAUUUUUUUUAUUAUUUUUUCACGAAACUUACUCAUUUUUUAACCAACACAUCAGACAAAUCCAAUAAAAACUAUACCAUUGAAUAGAGCAAUCAACGCUCUAUCUAAUCAUAUAGAAAUAAAAAUUUUUGACGUUUUGUAGAAAUACAAUGAACUGAAGAAAAUUGAGCAAAAAUAAGUGAAUCAUACUGCAUUUGUGUAUAAAUUUUAACAAGUAUCGUUUAAAAAAAAUCAAGUUAGGCAAUAUCUUCUUUUCUUUGUAUGAACAUUAUGAAACUGAUAUUAUUCUCAUUUUUUCAGAUCAAAUUUUUCGUCAUUUAAAACAAAUAAUAUGGCUUUAAGCAAUGAUGAACUUGCUUGUAUUUAUGCAGCACUUAUUUUAGCUGAUGAUAAUGUUGAUAUUACAAGUGAUAAAAUUGCAACUAUUUUAAAAGCUGCGAAUUAUGAAAUUGAACCAUAUUGGCCUGGUCUAUUUGCAAGUGCAUUAGAAGGUGCACAAGUAACAGAUCUUAUCAAAAAUAUUGGUUCCGUCCCAGUACCUAGUGCUGCUUCGGCUCCAGUAACUACAACUACACCUGCAGCUGAUGAUAAGAAAGUAGCUGCUGGUGGUAAAGAAGCACCAAAGACAGAAGAAAAAGAACAUUCAGACGACGAAGAUAUGGGAUUGGGUUUAUUCGAUUAA